UAGAAGCGGCUGCAGCAGCGCGGAGGGAGGCGAGACCGAGUUUAAUAUAUUUGAAAAACAAAAAACUGGAUUGUUGUAAAACUGGACGGCCUGGAUUAGAGGCUCAUUUCAGCUGCUCACAGUCAAAGGCUUUGCCCUUCGUGGCCUGUCUGUAGUUCCUAAUGCCGGAGAUGGCUCAAAGGAGCGGUCAGGAGGACCCUGAGCGGUACCUCUUUGUGGACCGGGCAGUGGUCUACAACCCGGCCACGCAGGCUGACUGGACCGCCAAGAGGCUUGUGUGGGUUCCCUCGGAGCGGCAUGGGUUUGAGGCAGCCAGCGUCCGUGAGGAGAGAGGAGAGGAGGUGGUGGUGGAGCUGGCAGAGAAUGGCAAAAAGGCUCUGGUCAACAAAGACGACAUCCAGAAGAUGAACCCGCCAAAGUUCAGCAAAGUGGAGGACAUGGCGGAGCUGACCUGCCUGAACGAAGCCUCUGUACUGCACAACCUGAAGGACCGAUACUACUCUGGCCUCAUCUACACUUAUUCCGGCCUCUUCUGUGUGGUGAUAAACCCGUACAAAAACCUCCCCAUUUACUCGGAGAACAUCAUCGAGAUGUACAGAGGGAAGAAGAGGCACGAAAUGCCGCCACACAUCUACGCCAUUUCCGAGUCCGCCUACAGAUGCAUGCUUCAAGAUCGUGAGGACCAGUCUAUUCUGUGCACAGGUGAAUCCGGAGCUGGAAAAACGGAAAACACCAAAAAAGUGAUCCAGUACCUGGCGCACGUCGCUUCCUCUCACAAAGGAAGGAAGGAUCACAACAUUCCACCAGAAUCUCCUAAAGCAGUGAAGCUCCAGGGGGAGCUGGAGAGGCAGCUGCUGCAGGCUAACCCCAUUUUGGAGUCCUUCGGAAACGCCAAGACGGUGAAGAACGACAACUCGUCUCGCUUCGGCAAGUUCAUCCGCAUCAACUUUGAUGUCACGGGUUACAUUGUGGGGGCCAACAUCGAGACCUAUCUGCUAGAGAAGUCCAGAGCGAUCCGGCAGGCCAAAGACGAGAGAACCUUCCACAUCUUCUACCAGCUGCUGGCUGGAGCGGGAGAACAUCUGCGCUCCGAUCUCCUCCUGGAGGGCUUCAAUAACUACCGUUUCCUCUCCAACGGCAACAUUCCUAUUCCCGGCCAACAGGACAAGGACAACUUCCAGGAGACUAUGGAAGCCAUGCACAUCAUGAGCUUUUCGCAUGAUGAGAUUUUGUCGAUGCUGAAAGUGGUAUCAGCUGUGUUGCAGUUUGGGAACAUUGUGUUCAAGAAGGAGAGAAAUACAGACCAGGCCUCCAUGCCUGAGAACACAGCUGCGCAGAAGCUCUGCCACCUGCUGGGGAUGAGCGUGAUGGAGUUCACCCGUGCCAUCCUGACCCCCAGGAUCAAAGUGGGCAGAGAUUACGUCCAGAAAGCCCAGACAAAAGAGCAGGCUGAUUUUGCAGUGGAAGCUCUGGCCAAAGCCACAUACGAGCGGCUCUUCCGCUGGCUCGUCCACCGCAUCAACAAAGCUCUGGACCGGACCAAACGGCAGGGGGCGUCCUUCAUCGGCAUCCUCGACAUCGCCGGCUUUGAGAUUUUCCAGUUGAACUCGUUCGAGCAGCUGUGCAUCAACUACACCAACGAGAAGCUUCAGCAGCUCUUCAACCACACCAUGUUCAUCCUGGAGCAGGAGGAGUACCAGCGCGAGGGCAUCGAGUGGAGCUUCAUUGACUUUGGCCUCGACCUGCAGCCCUGCAUCGACCUCAUCGAGAGGCCGGCGAACCCUCCAGGUGUGCUUGCCCUGCUGGAUGAGGAGUGCUGGUUCCCUAAAGCUACAGACAAAACAUUUGUGGAUAAGCUGGUGCAGGAGCAGGGCUCGCACACCAAGUUCCAGAAACCGCGGCAGCUGAAGGACAAGGCUGACUUCUGCAUCAUCCACUACGCAGGCAGGGUGGAUUAUAAAGCGGAUGAGUGGCUGAUGAAGAACAUGGACCCUCUGAACGAUAACGUGGCCACUCUGCUCCAUCAGUCCACUGACAAGUUUGUGGCGGAGCUGUGGAAGGAUGAGAUUCAGAACAUUCAGAGAGCGUCUUUCUAUGACGUUUCUAGUCUCCAUGACUCUCCGGGUGAAGUGGACCGUAUCGUGGGUUUGGACCAGGUGGCCGGUAUGAACGAAACAGCAUUUGGAGCAACGUACAAGACAAAGAAGGGAAUGUUCCGGACGGUGGGGCAGCUCUACAAGGAAUCUCUGACCAAACUGAUGGCCACUCUCCGGAACACCAACCCCAACUUUGUCCGCUGCAUCAUCCCCAACCACGAGAAGAGGGCUGGUAAACUGGAGCCCCAUUUGGUUCUGGACCAGCUGAGGUGUAAUGGGGUUCUGGAGGGAAUCCGUAUCUGCAGGCAGGGUUUCCCCAACCGCAUCGUCUUCCAGGAGUUCAGACAGAGAUAUGAGAUCCUGACCCCUAACGCCAUCCCGAAAGGCUUCAUGGAUGGGAAGCAGGCUUGUGAGAGGAUGAUCCAGGCCCUGGAGCUGGACGCUAACCUGUACCGAAUCGGUCAGAGUAAGAUAUUUUUCCGUACCGGAGUUCUGGCACAUCUGGAAGAGGAGCGGGACCUGAAGAUUACAGACAUCAUUAUCUACUUCCAGGCCGUGUGCCGAGGAUACCUCGCACGCAAGGCAUUUGCUAAGAAGCAGCAGCAGCUGAGCGCUCUGAAGGUUCUCCAGAGGAACUGUGCAGCAUACCUGAAGCUGAGGCACUGGCAGUGGUGGAGACUCUUCACCAAGGUGAAGCCUCUGCUGCAGGUGACCCGUCAGGAGGAGGAGAUGCAGGCUAAAGAUGAGGAGCUGGUGAAGGUGAAGGAGAGGCAGGUGAAGGUGGAGAAUGAACUGGUAGAGAUGGAGAGGAAACACCAGCAGCUCCUGGAGGAGAAGAACAUCCUGGCGGAGCAGCUUCAGGCUGAGACGGAGCUGUUUGCAGAAGCUGAGGAGAUGAGAGCUCGUCUCGUGGCUAAAAAGCAGGAGCUAGAGGAGAUCCUGCAUGACCUGGAGUCCCGAGUGGAGGAGGAGGAGGAGCGGAACCAGACACUGCAGAAUGAGAAGAAGAAGAUGCAGUCACACAUACAGGACCUUGAGGAACAGCUGGAUGAGGAAGAAGCCGCGAGGCAGAAGCUCCAGCUGGAGAAAGUGACCGCAGAGGCCAAAAUAAAGAAAAUGGAGGAAGACCUGCUGCUGCUAGAGGACCAAAACUCCAAAUUCCUGAAGGAGAAGAAGCUGCUGGAGGAGAGGAUCGGCGAGAUGACCUCUAUGCUUGCCGAGGAGGAGGAAAAGGCCAAGAACCUUGGCAAAGUGAAAAACAAGCAAGAGAUGAUGAUGGUGGACCUUGAAGAGCGUCUAAAGAAGGAGGAGAAGACCAGGCAGGAGCUGGAGAAGGCCAAGCGUAAACUAGACGCUGAAACCACAGACCUGCAGGAGCAGAUUGCUGAGCUUCAGGCCCAGAUCGACGAGCUGAAAAUCCAGCUGGCUAAAAAAGAGGAGGAGCUUCAGGCUGUUCUGGCCAGGGGCGAUGAGGAAGUGGCCCAGAAGAACAACGCUCUGAAGCAGGUCCGCGAGCUGCAGGCCCAGCUGGCCGAGCUGCAGGAGGAUUUGGAGUCGGAGAAAACUGCUCGGAACAAAGCGGAGAAGCUGAAACGGGACCUCAGUGAGGAGCUGGAGGCACUGAAGACCGAGUUGGAGGACACACUGGACACCACAGCCGCUCAGCAGGAGCUCAGGACGAAGAGAGAGCAGGAAGUGGCUGAACUGAAAAAGGCGAUCGACGAAGAGGCUCGAAACCACGAGUCCCAGAUUCAGGAGAUGAGGCAGAGACACGGCAUGGCGCUGGAGGAGCUCUCAGAACAGCUGGAGCAGGCCAAACGGUUUAAGUCUAAUCUGGAGAAGAGUAAACAGACUCUGGAGGGCGAUAAUAAGGAGCUGGCAAGCGAGGUGAAGGUUCUGCAGCAGGCAAAACUAGACUCUGAGCACAAGAGGAAGAAGCUGGAGGCUCAGCUGCAGGAGGUUCUGGCCCGCGUCACUGAAGGAGAACGGACCAAGGGCGAGCUUUCUGAUCGCUCUCACAAGCUACAGACGGAGCUGGAGAAUGUAUCUACUCUACUGGAGGACGCGGAGAAGAAGGGAAUAAAGCUGGCAAAAGAUGCCUCCAGCCUGGAGAGCCAGUUGCAGGACACACAGGAGCUCCUGCAGGAGGAAACACGUCAGAAGCUGAACCUGAGCAGCCGAAUCCGCCAGCUGGAGGAAGAGAAAAGUGCCCUGCAAGAGCAGCAGGAGGAGGAGGAGGAGGCACGCAGAAACCUGGAGAAACAACUGGCAACCCUGCAGUCUCAGCUGUGCGAGACGAAAAAGAAGCUAGAGGAUGACGUCGGAGUUGUGGACGCUCUGGAGGAGGUGAAGCGGAAGCUGCAGAAGGACAUGGAGGCCACCAACCAGAGACUGGAAGAGAAGGCCAUGGCCUACGACAAGCUGGAGAAGACCAAAACCCGGCUUCAGCAGGAACUGGAUGACCUCAUGGUGGAUCUGGACCACCAGAGACAGAUUGUCUCCAACCUGGAAAAGAAGCAGAAGAAAUUUGACCAGAUGCUGGCAGAGGAGAAGAGCGUAUCAGCGCGUUACGCUGAAGAGCGAGACCGAGCUGAGGCCGAAGCGCGGGAGAAAGAGACGAAGGCGCUGUCGAUGGCCCGAGCGCUGGAUGAAGCUCUGGAGGCUAAAGAGGAGUUCGAGAGGCUGAAUAAGCAGCUGAGGGCUGAGAUGGAGGAUCUGAUGAGCUCCAAGGAUGACGUGGGAAAGAAUGUUCAUGAGCUGGAGAAGUCCAAACGUACGCUGGAGCAGCAGGUGGAAGAGAUGCGCACUCAGCUAGAGGAGCUGGAGGAUGAGCUGCAGGCCACAGAGGAUGCCAAAUUGCGCCUGGAGGUCAACAUGCAGGCCAUGAAGGCUCAGUUUGAGCGUGACCUGCAGGCCAGAGAUGAACAGAACGAUGAGAAGAAAAGAAUGCUGGUCAAACAGGUGCGUGAGAUGGAGGCAGAGCUGGAGGAUGAGAGGAAGCAGCGUGCACUGGCUGUGGCAGCUAAGAAAAAGCUGGAGAUGGACCUGAAGGACGUUGAGGCUCAGAUUGAGGCAGCUAACAAGGCUCGGGAUGAGGCCAUCAAACAGCUGCGCAAACUCCAGGCUCAGAUGAAGGACUAUCAGAGGGAACUGGAGGAGGCUCGAGCUUCUCGAGAUGAAAUCUUCGCCCAGUCAAAAGAAAACGAGAAGAAGCUCAAGAGUCUUGAGGCAGAGAUACUACAGCUGCAGGAGGACCUGGCUGCAUCUGAAAGAGCACGGCGUCAUGCAGAGCAAGAGAGGGACGAGCUGGCAGACGAAAUCUCCAACAGCGCCUCUGGGAAGUCUGCUCUGCUGGAUGAGAAGCGCAGGCUGGAGGCUCGAAUUGCUCAGCUGGAGGAGGAACUGGAGGAGGAACAGAGCAACAUGGAGCUCCUCAAUGACCGCUUCCGCAAGACCGCCAUGCAGGUGGACACUCUGACCACAGAGCUGACCGGAGAGCGCAGCGUGGCCCAGAAGAGCGAGAACGCCCGACAGCAGCUGGAGAGACAGAACAAGGAACUGAAGGCCAAACUGCAGGAGCUGGAGGGAUCCAUCAAAUCCAAAUUUAAAGCCACCAUCACUGCCCUGGAGGCCAAAAUCCUGCAGUUGGAGGAGCAGCUGGAGCAGGAGGCCAAGGAGCGGGCAGCGGCCAAUAAGAUUGUCCGGCGCACAGAGAAGAAGCUGAAAGAAGUGUUCAUGCAGGUGGAGGAUGAGCGUCGCCAUGCUGACCAGUACAAGGAACAGAUGGAGAAAGCAAACUCUCGCAUGAAGCAGCUGAAGCGUCAGCUGGAGGAGGCAGAAGAGGAAGCUCAGCGUGCUAACGCCUCCCGUAGGAAGCUGCAGAGAGAGUUGGACGACGCUACAGAGGCGAGCGAGGGGCUGAGCAGAGAGGUUAACACCCUCAAAAACCGCCUCAGACGUGGAGGCCCGGUCAGUUUUCCCUCGGGCCGCUCUGGCCGCAGGCAGCUGCAGAUGGAGGGCGAGUUUUCCGAUGACGACGCCGACAGCAAAGCCAGCGAAGUGAACGAGACCCAGCCUGCCCAGCCGGAGUAGUUCCAGCGUCCCCCCGUGGUCCUGUUAUUACACUAUUACACCUUCUACCCCAAAACAGUCAGCACCCCAGAAACCGUAACUUGUAACCCAGUCCGUUCUGCUGCUCGUGUGGUCAAGAGCAGGACUGAGGGUCCACACACACACGCACUUCUUCUCCAAACACAUUUAUACACACACGACUCCUCCACACACCUGCGUUCUGUCUACAAGCCUAAGCUGCAGCGAGCAUGAGAACGAUUCAGUUCACGGUCAUUCCCUUCAUAUCCAGGGAACCUCAACUCUGCCUUACUCAAUGCAGCAAAGCUUCAAGUUUGAGUGGACUUUUGUUCUAAUUAGCGAUCUAUUGUAAUGUUAGCCUUCAGAAUAAUUGCUUAAGAUGAAAACACUAUAGGUACAAGUGCAUUUUAUGUUUUGUUUUUUUGUUUUGUUUUUUUUUGUGCACACAUUCAUACGUGAGCAGCGACUCGAGUCUAGUAUAAGUAAAUAACGAUAAAGCCACUGCUUAGCUAAAGCAAGACAGGUCUGGCGUUGGAGUACGAUGUGAAAUUGCGAAGUAGCACAGGUUCUGAGUGUUUUAGCUGGCGGAAGUGCGUUAGAGAUGCAUGGACUUCUGUUUUCCACAAGUUAUAGAGAAACAAAACACAAUGUACGUGUAACCGGCCGGCUGAACCCGUGGCUGCUUCGAAUUGGAUUGAAACGUGAAGGAAAAAAAAACUGUGAAAAAGCUACUGCUUAAGCUUCUGCCCACAUUAGACGAACAAAAACACUAAGUUGAAAGAACCUUCAGUCGUUUUCCUUCAUCAUCAUUCUGUUUGGGAGACUUGAUUGAAGUAUCGGGAGAGAUCCCGAUAAGUGGUGGUAUUUGACAUUGACGAGACUGGAUGUAAAUGCAAGAUGCGAAAUGCUUUGUAACUGCACAUUUACUACAAGCCAUAUGAGGCAAAACUGGAAAGAAAUGCGUACGUUUUGGGAGAAUGUGCACAUCCACAAAAAAUGGUUUUUUUUAGUUUUUUUUGUGAAGGUUUCUUCGGAAAAUAUCUCAUCAAAUGUGUGAACUAUUAGCUGCUUUAUUAGACACUCCGAGAAGUGCUUAAUACACGAAGGGAAGCGGGCAGGAAGUGAAGGAAUCGUUUCGUUCAGUGGGAUCAUCUCGUUCUGAUUUUGACUGGAACACUAACAUCAAAACACAUUGAUUCACAGGCACUUAGUUUGAUUUGAGUUGUAAACCUGAGCCCUUGAGCUUCAGCCCAAAAUGAAUAGACGAGCCACUACAGUUCUCAAACUCGCUAUUGUUUCUCAGUAUUAUAAAAAUGAUGGAUUAGAAACGAUACUCACCUGCUCCAAUAUUAGUAUUUAAUAAUGUUUCUUUAAAAAGUGCCUUAGUCACUAAUUAAGAAAAUAUCCAUGGGUUAAAUGCAUUGUACAUCUAUAAUGGUGUGUAUACAAGUGCAACGCUAACAUGAAGGCAAAACUGGCAAAACAUAAGAAUAAUAAUAAAAAAAAACUACGUAA